CAGGGGUAUUUACGUCAUUAAAUGCUGGAAGAGGACAAUACAGUUGGGGCACAUUGGUCUCUCCGUGGGAGUGGAGUAUGGUUCCCUAGAAUUUCUAUUGUUUCUUUCUAUAUAAACGAGAGAUGCUUCUUGUUAAAGCAACGGGGAAGCACUGGGAGAAACAUGGAGGUUGAGAAACGGAAGCAGAUAGUGUCAAUGUUAAUUUCAAUUUCAGUCUUCGUCUGCAUCAUGUCAGUAUGGAAGGUGGUGGAUUGCCAGCUCCCGAUUCCCACCAAGUUUGAUGGAUUCGUCUACAAGGGUCGAGGAGUUCACGAUGAUGCAAUCCUCAUUGAAGCUUUCCUCGACCCGGUCUGCCCGGUCAGCAGGGAGUCUUGGCCCCCUCUGAAGCAGGCUUUCGACCACUACGGUCAUCGCCUUUCGCUCAUUAUUCACAUCUUCCCAUUGCCUUACCAUGACAGUUCUUUCUCUGCUAGCCGUGCACUACAUAUUGUAAAUAGAGUGAAUGCAUCUGUCACAUACGAAGCGUUGGAGACGUUGUUCCAGAAUCAGGAGAAGUUUUAUAAUAAGGAAGUCUAUAAGAAGUCUAAACAAUCUACUGAUCAUCUUAUUGCGAAGCUAGUGGCAAAAGUUCUUGGAAACAACUCGUUAUCUGUAAUCGAAUCUGGGUUUGAGGACAAACAAACAGAGCUCGCUGCAAGGUUUUCCUUCAAAUAUGGAUGUUCAAGAGGGGUGAUAGUGACACCUUCUUUCUUUGUUAAUGGGUUUCAAUUGCCUAACGCUGGCUCAGCUGUUGAUUUUGAAGGAUGGAGGAACAUCAUUGAUCCACUAGUUGAAGUACGGGGCCAGAGGGAGGAUAUUCCUCAUUACUUCCAAUGAAGGGUACCCCUUUGUUGUAGGAUUUUCAUGAAGGAUAAGUAUAAAUAGUUUCAAUUAGAUCAUCACUAAUAGUGUCCAUGUGAAUGAUACAACUAGAGUAUAGGCUAAUGUUAGUUGCUUAUUGCUAGGUAGUUUAUCAACUUUUUGCACUUUGAGUUUCAGGACUUGGUUCUAAUGGAAGUAGAGUUAAUUUGUACAAGUCUACAAAAGCUCAGAGAACAUUGUACAUUGGAGAAAGCUUAUGAAAGUUUUUGGCUAUCCAGUAGCUUAGUAUGUUUUUAUUGUAUUCAUUUGAUGACCUAGUGCCAUUACAUGGGAGUCCUGGCA